AUACGAAGAGGACAAGGUGGGGGACAUCGUCCUCAAAGGCUGAAGCUCCUGAGUGGUCCGUCGAGCCGUAUUUACCAACACGCUUUCGCUGAAAAAUCUUUUGUGCGACCUCCUGCAAGCAAAGUGCUGCUUUUUUUCAGCGUAUUCUUAGAUCGCGAAUAUACUUAGUUGCUUGUUCUUAUCAAUUGUUAAUUUACUCUAAUUUUUUUGAUUUGAAUAAAGGAUGACACUGGAGUGGGGCUAUAACCAAGAAAAUGGUCCAGAAAAAUGGUGCCAAAGUUAUCCGGCAGCAGCAGGAACCCGUCAAAGUCCCAUCGAUAUUCGACCCGUAGACCUCAAGUCGCUGAACACCAACGCUAAAUUAACUUGGAAGUAUGUUCCGGAAAAUACUAGGGAAGUGUGCAAUCCCGGAUAUGGCUGGAAAGUUGGCGUUGAUGGUAAAGGAUCGGAACUCAAUGGAGGUCCUCUUGAAGGCGUCUAUGUUCUGGAACAGUUUCAUUGCCAUUGGGGUAAGACAAACGAUGAAGGAUCUGAGCAUACUAUUAAUGGACAAAAAUUUGCUGGAGAGUUGCAUUUAGUUCACUGGAACACAACAAAAUAUUUAUCUUUUGAUGAAGCUGCCAAGCAACCUGAUGGAUUGGCUGUCCUUGGAGUUUUCUUAAAACCAGGCAAAAAACAUUUGGAACUAGAGAAAGUUGUGGCUCAAUUAAGCAAAAUCCAAUUCAGAGGCGAGUCAGCUAAAAUUUUGCAGCCAAUCAAUCCUGGUGAAUUUCUACCGGAAAACAGCGGCUAUUACACUUACCAUGGCUCUUUAACCACACCACCUUGUUCUGAAUGCGUUAUCUGGAUCGUUUUUAAGGAGCCAGUUGAAGUAUCCGAGGAGCAACUUAAAGAAUUCAGAAGUCUCAGAUGCUACAGCAACAAAGACUCUUGUCCUUGUGACGAAUUCAAGGGUUUUGUCAAGAGUAAUUUCAGGCCCACUUUACCACUGGGCCAGAGGGAGGUUAAAGAGUGCAGGCAAUGAAGUGGCAAAAAGAUAGGAAAACUUACGCUUACCAUAGUAGAUCAUAAAAUGGCAUUAUUUUAACUUUAGCUUUAGAAUGCUUUUUAGUUUGACAGCGGAAAGUGAAAGAUAAUCCUGACGAAAUGGUGAAUCAAUUUUUUAAGUUUGCGUUAUUUUGUCAGGGAUUUGUGAUUAGUCAAUAUAUACUCAUCUAAGGGACCUUAAAUGUGCUGGGAAAAAGCAACAAGUGCAAUAUAUAUUUUAAUAAGAUGUAUACUUAUACUAAAAAGAAUAUUUUAUAGCUAAUAUUAUAAUAUCUUGUUUUAGAGAUGUGUUCCUAUUAUAUGCACAUUUUAUUGUAGUCAUAGGUGAAGUUACCUUUUUGUAGCUUUUUUGGAAAUAAAAUCAAUAGUUAUAUUUUGAAGCAA